AUGGAUUCUUGUUCUCUUAAGCACGAGGGAAAAGAUGAAGAGGAGCAGCCAAUGAAAGCUGCAGAAGCUAAAACAUCUCAGCCGUUGGAUGUUAAAGUUGUUGAUGUUGGACCCCCCGCUGAUUGGGUGAAAAUCAAUGUUCGUGAAACAAAUGAUUCCUUUGAGGUCUACGCACUGGUGCCUGGGCUUUUACUGGAGGAGGUACGGGUUCGAUCUGAUCCAGCUGGUCGCUUGGUCAUUACUGGUCAGCCAAACCAACUUGACAAUUUUUGGGGUGUUACUGCCUUCAAGAAGGUGGUCACCUUACCUGGUAGAAUUGAUCAGCUUCGGGCCAUCGCUGGUUUCACCCUUCACGGGUGUCUUCAUGUUCAUGUGCCAAAGCAGAAUCUCUGA